AUGGACCUACCAUCCAGCAGAAGCUUCGUCGACCAUCUGAUCACAGAACUAGCCAGCUUCGAAUUCCCAAGUGGGCCAGAACAGCUUCGAAUCCAGGAAGGCUCCCAGAACCCGUUUGCUAGUCUACCUGCAACACAACUAGCCAAAGUGAAACCAAUCAUCCUUACUCUACACUGCCUCUUCCCAAACGACCUCCUCCCAGCCCUUGACAUCCUAGACCGCAGGCUAGUGCAGCGCCUUGUGCUUAUGCGCACCGAAGACCAAGACCAAAACCAAGACCCAGACACGGCAGCAGCCGUGCCUGACCACCACGCCACAGUCGCAGAUGGAAACACGACGCAAACCCCGGAAGAUCCCCGAAACAGCCAAACUAGGAACCCACACGAUGCCAUUUUCCUAGUAACAUCCGCAUCGGCAGCCCCACGUCAAACGGCCGUACCAGUGCCCGGGGGAGCAGGAGAAGGGAGAGGAGGAGCUUCAACGCCAACGCCCACGCCAGCCAUGCAAGACCCAGAAAAGGGCUACGAAGUACGCCUCAAUGCGUGGAACUGCACCUGCCCCACCUUCGCCCUCUCGGCAUUCAAAGAUCUAGAUUCCCGCCAGGGCUCUGGCUCUGCUUCUGCUUCUUCAACUACUAUGCCCGAAACCCGUUUCCCGGAGAUGAGGGAGAUGCUGCUUGGCCGGGAUGCGCAUGCGCAUGCACUUCCUGUUGUUUAUCCGUUUGGUGGGACCCUUACGCGUGAUACGGACAGGGGGUCCCCGCCGGCUUGCAAGCAUGUUCUCGCUUGUAUACUGUUUGCUCGGUGUGCGGGUUUGUUUGGUCGUGGGGACGACAGAUUGGUUUCUUUGGAGGAGAUGGCUGGUUGGUGUGCUGGAUGGGGUGGGUGA